AUGUUCGAUCACGAGUUGAAGGACAAUGAGUACGUCAAUGGCAUGUUAAGCGGGUUGGCCGUAUUAGGCACAUGCGGCGAGCGGAACGGGUGGGUGCCCGCCAUUUCUUACACGACUACAUUGGCCGCGCGCAUCCAACAGGACCACGUCCAGCAGCAAAUACAGCAGGGCCGAUCCCACGACGACGCCACCGACGCAGCGCCCGCGAUCCAUCAGUUGGUGCAGCAGGACGUAGCGCGGUUCAUGACCAUGACCGAAUUUGGUGGCCAGCCGCAUCCCAUCCAGACCAUUUAUACCCAGAAGAUGUAUGGUAUGAAGAUCCGAUACACCACAAACGCCGCCGGUCAAAUCGGAUGGUCCGGGGCAAACCAGGACGUAAUCGUCGUCC